AUGACCUUCGUCAAGGACUUUAACCCUAUAGCGCUCAAAGAUACCAACCUCUUUAAGCCCAUCAAGAUCGGCAACAAUCAACUGCAGCACCGGGUGGUGAUGCCUCCACUAACAAGAAUGCGGGCCCACCAUCCCGGUAACGUGCCCAACAAGAAAUGGGCCGUCAAGUACUACGACCAAAGAUCCAAAGUUCCAGGAACCUUGAUCAUCACGGAAGGAGCAUUUCCCUCGGCGCAGAGCGGUGGGUACGAUAACGCACCCGGUGUCUGGUCUGAGGAACAGAUGCAUGAAUGGGCCAAGAUCUUCGACAAGAUCCACGCCAACAAGUCGUUUGUGUGGGUUCAACUGUGGGUCCUGGGCAGACAGGCAUUCCCCGACACUCUGGCUAGAGACAAACUGCGCUACGAUUCGGCUUCGGAUGAGAUCUACAUGGACGAAGCCACCGAGAUCAAGGCGAUCGAGUGUAACAACAGACUUCAUGGAAUCACCAAGAAAGAAAUCCAGCAGUAUAUCAAAGAUUACGUCGCUGCUGCCAAGAACUGUAUCGAGCACGGUGCUGACGGUGUCGAGAUCCACAGUGCCAACGGGUACUUGCUGAACCAGUUUUUGGACCCGAUCUCGAACAAGCGCACGGAUGAGUACGGUGGCAGCAUCGAGAACAGAGCCCGGUUUACACUCGAAGUCGUCGACGCCGUUGUCGAAGCCAUCGGCCACGACAAAGUCGGGAUCCGGUUCUCACCUUACGGGACUUUUGGCACCAUGUCAGGUGGAUCUGACCCAACGCUCCUAGCGCAGUAUGCGUAUGUGAUCGGUGAACUCGAGAAGCGGGGCCAAGCCGGCAAGCGGCUUGCGUUCUUGCAUUUGGUCGAGCCUCGUGUCACGAAUCCGUUCUUCAAAGAAGGUGAGGGUUGGUACAAGGAAGGUACCAACGAGUUCGCUUACUCGAUCUGGAAAGGUCCUAUUAUCCGCGCGGGCAACUAUGCGCUGGACCCUAAGGCUGCCAAGGCAGAUGUCCAGAACGACGACCGUACUUUGAUCGGGUACGGAAGAUUGUUCAUCUCUAACCCAGAUCUGGUUAAGAGACUCGAGAAGGGUCUGCCCUUGAACGCGUAUGACAGAAACACAUUCUACGCCAUGUCGGACAAGGGCUAUUUGGACUAUCCAACCUACGAAGAGGCCAUCAAGCAGCAGAGCUGA